UCUUGACUUCACGUUUGCGCUUGCGCGUCACUGGCCGCGCAGUUACGUUUGAAACCUGCGAGCACGUCUAGACGGUCUGUGGUGGCUUUAGGUUCCAUCCUUGCUUGGUAAAGUUCUGUAACGCUGUGAGCAUGGAGCUGAAUGAUGCUAACCUGCAGACCCUGACAGAGUUUUUGAGGAAAACAUUGGACCCAGAUCCAACAGUCAGGCGUCCAGCUGAAAAGUUUCUCGAGUCGGUGGAAGGAAACCAGAACUACCCCUUGUUACUUCUCACUUUGCUGGAGAAAUCUCAAGACAACGUGAUCCGUGUCUGUGCUGCUGUUACCUUCAAGAACUACAUCAAAAGAAACUGGAGAAUUGUUGAAGAUGAACCAAACAAAAUCUCAGAUGCUGACCGAACAGCGAUCAAAGCGAACAUUGUAAAUCUGAUGCUGAGCAGCCCAGAACAGAUUCAGAAACAGCUGAGUGACGCCAUCAGCAUCAUAGGAAGAGAAGACUUUCCUCAAAAAUGGCCGGAGCUUCUGACAGAGAUGGUGACCCGCUUCAGAAGCGGAGACUUCCACAUCAUCAACGGCGUUCUCCGUACCGCACAUUCCCUCUUCAAGAGGUACCGCCACGAGUUUAAGUCCAACGAGCUUUGGACUGAGAUUAAACUUGUACUGGACACGUUUGCCCUUCCUCUGACGGAGCUCUUCAAGGCCACCAUCGAGUUGUGUCAAACUCACGCCAACGACGUCAACGCCCUAAAAAUCCUUUUCUCGUCCCUAACACUCAUUUCAAAGCUUUUCUACAGUCUUAACUUCCAGGACCUUCCAGAGUUCUUUGAGGACAACAUGGAGACCUGGAUGACCAAUUUUCACGGCCUUCUGACUCUGGACAAUAAGCUUUUACAAACAGAUGAUGAGGAGGAGGCCGGUCUCCUGGAGUUGCUGAAAUCUCAAAUCUGUGACAACGCAGCUCUUUACGCUCAAAAGUACGACGAGGAAUUUCAGCCGUACCUGCCACGCUUUGUUACUGCUAUCUGGAACCUUCUGGUCUCCACCGGCCAGGAAGUCAAAUAUGAUCUGCUCGUUAGCAAUGCUAUUCAGUUUUUAGCGUCCGUGUGUGAAAGGCCGCAUUACAAGCAUCUAUUUGAGGACCAGAAUACGCUCACCAGCAUUUGUGAGAAGGUCAUUGUGCCCAACAUGGAGUUCAGAAGUGCAGAUGAGGAGGCUUUUGAAGAUAACUCAGAGGAAUACAUUCGAAGAGACCUGGAAGGAUCUGACAUUGACACUCGUCGCAGGGCUGCGUGCGACUUAGUGAGGGGUCUCUGUAAGUUUUUCGAGGGGCCGGUCACGGCCAUCUUCUCUGGCUAUGUGAACUCGAUGCUGUCAGAAUAUGCCAAGAACCCUGGACAGAACUGGAAACACAAAGAUGCAGCCAUCUAUCUGGUCACAUCGCUGGCAUCCAAAGCCCAGACACAGAAGCAUGGUAUAACACAAGCCAAUGAACUGGUGAAUCUGACUGAAUUCUUUGUGAACCAUAUUCUCCCAGAUUUGAAAUCAUCCAAUGUUAACGAGUUCCCAGUGCUGAAAGCAGAUGCGAUCAAGUAUGUUAUGAUUUUCAGAAGUAAGCUUCCUAAGGAGCAGUUGCUGCAGGCAGUUCCUCUCCUCAUAACACACCUGCAGGCGGAGAGCACAGUCGAACACACUUACGCUGCUCAUGCUUUGGAGAGGCUGUUCACAAUGAGAGGCCCCAACAAUGCAACACUGAUCACUUCGGCAGAGAUGGCACCGUUUACUGAACAGCUGCUCACCAACCUGUUCAAAGUGCUCACUCUUCCAGGUUCUGCAGAAAAUGAAUACAUCAUGAAAGCCAUCAUGCGCAGCUUGUCCUUGCUGCAGGAGGCCAUAGUUCCUUACAUUCCCACUCUGAUUGGCCAGCUCACUCAUAAGUUGCUCCUAGUGAGCAAGAAUCCCAGCAAGCCUCACUUUAACCACUACUUGUUCGAGUCUUUGUGUCUGUCUGUGCGGAUCACCUGCAAGGCCAACCCGGCCACCGUCAGCAGCUUCGAGGAAGCACUCUUCCCCGUCUUCACAGAAAUCCUUCAGAACGACGUCCAAGAGUUUCUUCCAUAUGUGUUCCAGGUGAUGUCUCUCCUCCUGGAGAUCCACUCCAACUCUAUUCCUGCUUCCUACAUGGCUCUGUUCCCCCACCUGCUGCAGCCCGUCCUGUGGGAACGCACGGGGAACAUCCCUCCUCUUGUGCGUCUGCUGCAAGCUUUUCUUGAGAAGGGAGGAGCCUCCAUUGCUGCUUCUGCUGCUGACAAAAUUCCUGGGUUGCUUGGAGUUUUCCAGAAGCUCAUUGCUUCCAAAGCCAACGACCAUCAAGGCUUUUACCUUCUCAAUAGUAUCAUAGAGAACAUGCCCCCCGAGUCGAUUACUCAGUACAGGAAGCAGAUCUUCAUUUUGCUCUUCCAGCGACUCCAGAGCUCUAAAACUACAAAGUUUAUCAAAAGUUUCUUAGUGUUCGUCAACUUAUAUUGUGUCAAAUAUGGAGCGAUUGCACUUCAGGAGAUUUUUGACAGCAUCCAGCCAAAGAUGUUUGGGAUGGUGUUGGAGAAAAUCAUUAUUCCAGAGGUUCAGAAAGUGUCUGGAACUGUUGAGAAGAAGAUCUGCGCCGUCGGCAUCACAAAGAUCCUCACAGAGUGUCCGGCCAUGAUGGACACGGAGUACACCAAGCUCUGGACUCCGCUGCUCCAGGCUCUGAUUGGUCUGUUUGAGUUGCCAGAAGAUGACAGCAUCCCAGACGACGAGCAUUUCGUAGACAUAGAAGACACACCUGGCUACCAGACGGCCUUCUCACAGCUGGCCUUUGCUGGGAGAAAGGAACACGACCCGAUCGGAGACGUGGUCGGAAACCCCAAAAUCCUGUUGGCCCAGUCACUCCACAAGCUUUCUACUGCCUGUCCUGGAAGGGUUCCCUCGAUGCUGAACACUAGUCUGAACGCCGAGGCCCUGAAGUUCCUGCAGGGAUAUUUGCAGGUAGCUUCUGUGCAGCUGGUUUGAAACCGAGGAUAUGGGGACGCCUCGGUCGGAGGCCACAGUGGUCCCAAAGCAACAUGACUGAUCAACUCCAGCUGAAUUAAUGACUCCAUUGUUGUGUGAUGGAUUAACAAGAGGGGGGAAAAACAAAAACCCCUGCAUUUUGCCUGAAUAAAGGUUGUCUUCUGAUAA